GGAGAAGGGAGAGCGACCUGCUCGAUGAUGCUCAAGAGGUGGAAAGCAGCUCUGCUGAAGUCAAGAGACCCAGAGCAGAACAGCCUGUGACAAUUUCAUCAAUAGCCAAGGAUGGCUUGGCCAUCCCUCCCCCUGCAAGGUACAAUGAACAAGAUGAAAAACUUCAAGAGGAGGUUUUCACUCUCAGUUCCACGGACAGAGACCAUCGAGGAGUCACUGACAGAGUUCACAGAGCAGUUCAACCAGCUCAACAACAGGAGGAAUGAAGACCUGGCUCAAGGGCACCUGCAGCUGGGACAGCUGGGCAGGGACUUCCAAGCAGACAGCAGCCCCAUCUCCCCCUCGGAGGUGGGAGCGCAGUCCCCCAUGGCCGUGCGCUACCGCAGCAACACCCAGCGCCGCUUCUCCAUGGAGGAUGUCAGCAAACGCCUCUCCCUGCCCAUGGACAUCCGUCUGCCCCCCGAGUUCCUGCAGAAGCUGCAGAUGGAGAGCCCAGAGUUCCCCAAGCACCUCAGCAGGAUGUCCCGACGGGCUUCCCUCUCAGAUAUUGGGUUCGGGAAGCUGGAAACUUAUGUUAAACUGGAUAAACUGGGAGAGGGCACUUAUGCCACUGUCUUCAAGGGGCGCAGCAAGCUGACUGAGAACCUGGUUGCCCUGAAGGAAAUCCGCCUGGAGCACGAGGAAGGGGCUCCUUGCACAGCCAUCCGGGAAGUGUCCCUGCUGAAGAACCUGAAACACGCCAACAUUGUCACCCUGCACGACAUCAUCCACACAGAGCGCUGCCUCACCCUCGUCUUCGAGUACCUGGACAGUGACCUCAAGCAGUACCUGGAAAACUGUGGGAACCUGAUGAGCGUGCACAACGUGAAGAUCUUCAUGUUCCAGCUGCUGCGUGGUCUGGCUUAUUGUCAUGGGAGGAAGAUCCUGCACCGAGACCUCAAACCCCAGAACCUGCUCAUCAAUGAGAGAGGAGAACUCAAGCUGGCUGACUUUGGACUGGCCAGAGCCAAGUCAGUCCCUACUAAAACUUAUUCCAACGAGGUGGUCACGCUGUGGUACCGUCCCCCUGAUGUCCUGCUGGGAUCUACUGAGUACUCCACACCCAUCGACAUGUGGGGCGUUGGGUGCAUCCACUACGAAAUGGUCACGGGCCGGCCCAUGUUCCCGGGCUCCACGGUGAAGGAAGAGCUGCAUUUGAUCUUCAGGCUGCUGGGAACCCCAACAGAAGACACCUGGCCUGGAAUAACAUCCAAUGCAGAGCUCAAGGCUUACAAUUUCAUGCAGUACCGAGCCCAGCCCUUAAUAAAUCACGCCCCAAGGCUGGACUCAGAAGGCAUCGACUUGCUGAUGAACCUCCUUCUGUAUGAAGCCAAAGCUCGGAUCUCAGCAGAGGCAGCCCUGCGGCACCCUUACUUCAAGAGCCUGGGAGAGAGAGUGCAUCUCCUGCCUGACACUGCCUCCAUCUUCUCCCUGAAGGAGAUCCAGCUUCAAAAGGACCCUGGCUACCGAGGCUCAGUCUUUCAGCAGUCAGCCCGAGGGAAGAACAGGAGGCAGAGUAUAUUUUAAACCUGGAUCUCGUGUUCCUCUUGUCACCAUGGAGAUCAAAGUGCUGAGAAAGGAGACAGCAACCUGCUCCCACCUGACCCACCACGGAAUCACUGACUCCAGCAGGACGAUGCUGAAGCACCCUUGGCCACAGGCUCCCCCCUGCCCAUCCCCAUACCCACAGCCCCUGGCAGCUGCUGUUGAUGGACUCGUGGCCUUUUUUCCCCUCUUGUUUUCAUGUUGCCCUCAUCAGAUGUGAGAUGCCACCCUCUGUGCAGGUGCUGGAGUGAGGAGCUGUGCUGGGCAUUGCCCAGGGCACAGGAUUGGGGAGCUGCUCCCUGCCCUCAGGGAAAGAGCCUGGCACAGGGAGGUUUUGUGAGCAGAGGGUGGGAUCUACAAAGCUGGGAUGGAGAUUGUAGCAUUUGGCCCUGGCAGGCACUUCUGAAAAGGAACCUUUGCUUUUGGGGGAACACUUUGCAGCCAUGUUACAAAUUGGGGACAUGUCCCAGCCUGGCACUGGAGAGACUGCACCCAAAGCACAAAGCCCUGGGCAGCCCUCCCUUGCCUCUGCCUCCAUAACCCUUUUUUUUCUCUCCCCAUCUCCCUACAUUCUGACAAGCUUGGAGCAGCUGGGAGGAGGGGGCUUCCCAUUGCUUUUCCCAGCAUCUCCCCCUUCUUGCCACCUUUGGGUUCCCAAAUUCACUCACCUGGCUGCUCCCUGGGGAUGUGCUGACCCCAGGGCUGGCUUAGGCCACCCAGGGGACAGGUACCUGCUGGCAGGGCUGUGCAGAAGAGGGGCCAGGUGAACUUUGGCAGCAUCCUGGCAUCUCAGCCCUCUCUGCCAUCAUCACACGGGGCAGGACACUGUUCCCACCUGGCAUCUCAGGAGCACAUUUCCCCCCCAAACCCCCCUGCAGAGCCCCAUGCAGCAUGGCAGAGCCCGAGCUGUGCAGUCUCUCUGUACCAAAGUGUUGCACACACCCACUCAGUGCAUUUCUACCCAGAGGAAGGGGGAGAGGUGCCAAACCUCCCACAGCUCAGCUGUGAGGACCAAAAAUAGAUCCGGAGAGAAGAAAAUCAUCCCUCAAACCUCUUUGCCUGGCCUCUACGUUUGCUGCCAAUGCCAGAUCCUGCCAGCCCUGGUUCAAAUCAGUGCCCUGGGACUGAGGUGCAUGCUUAGCUCUGAGUCUGCUUUGCUGGCCAAAGACUGCUCCUGGUGAGCUUUUCCCUCUGGACACUUCAGGAAUAUGCCAGAUCCUGAGUGUGAAGAGGCCCUGCUGCACCUCUCCUCUGCAGCCUGCAAACAGCCUGAAAUGUCUUCAAAUGUGUGAGCACUAUACAGUCUCUCUACUGUAUAAUAUUCCCAUCCUUUUCUUGGCUCUCUCAGAUGAUGAAUCCUGUUGCCCACUGGUACUCCAGCAGACUCUGGGCUAUCACCUAGCACUGGGAUGGCCAGGACAUGCUGGUGGCUUCACCCACCAUGCCCCCAGCCUGGGAGGCACUGACUGGGGGACAGUGACCCCGUGCUGCUGUUUCCCCAUUCAGCAGGGAGCCAGGGCUCUGAGGUCUGCUUUGCCCUGCUCCAUCCCUGUGAUCCUUGGGAGAUUAAAGGCAUCAGGAUAAACGUGGAGACCCCACAGGUCCCCAAAGCUUCUGGGAGGGGGGACUCCUCCCCGUGUCAGUGUUUGAGUUGAUGGGAUGCACCCUCUGAGCAUCCCCUGUCAGAGCAAAGCUCUUCCUUUGGGUUUGUCCCACAUCCAGACAUCUGCGUUGUUUGAGGUUUGCCCAUCCCUGCUCUGUUCCCCUCUCAGCACAUCCAGCACCCAGCAGGCUGAACACUUCAUUAAUUGUUUCCACUCGAUGGGGACAAGUGGGAAAAGCCACCAGUGACGCAUUUCACCCCGGUGUCAGGGGGAAUGUUCUGCCUGGUUUGCAGCUCCUGCUGCCAGGGGCUUUUCAGCAGGGAGGUUUCAGAGGGAGGUGUUGGCUGAAUAAGUCUGAGCUCUCACCCUCUCGUGUUUCCUUUCACAAAGGCAUUUUGUGGAGGAAUUUCCUUGGCAUGGCAGGGAGCUGUGGUGCAGACUUGCAGCUCCCAUCAGGAUUUGGGAGCUCAGCAGGCAGCACCAGCCCAGCAUCUCCAUGGCCCUCUGGCAGCAUCUUCAGGUAAAAGGGUUGAAACAUGAUGGGGUGGGGGCCAGAGCUCCCCAGGCCCCCUUGAGCAUAGAUUGGAGUUGGGGGAGCAGGAACCCCCCCCCAGCAGCUCUUGGGAAGCCCAUUCAGGACAUGGUUGAUUUUUUGUGUGUGUGUGCAGUUUUCUUGCUUGGAAUCCCCACCCCCAUGCACUGAGCCAUCCCUUCCCCACCAGGAGGAUGGAGACAGCAUCAGAUCCAGUGUGGUCUCAGCUCCCCCUCCCCAGGACAAGGAUUCCUGGUGAAGGACAAAGGCAACUAUAGCAUCCUCUGGGUGAAGGGCAGAGGAAAAGCCCUUGCAGUGACCAUGUAGAGAGAACCCAGGAUCAGAUAGCAAAGACAAAGGGGCUGUGAGCUGCUAUUUAUUCUUUUGUAGCCUUUGCUUUUCCUCCUACAACCCCCCCUAAAGGAGCCAAGAUUAUUUAUUAGCUCUGUGCACUACUACCAGUAGUUAGUACUGGAGAUAACCCUUUUGUUUCACUGCAUUAGUGGAUAUUUGACUCCCAUUCAGGGGGGUGAUAAUGAGAGUAAAUAUUUGGUGCCCUUCUGAGGAAAAUUUGAUGUACAAGCUCCCAUUGCUGCUGCCCUUGCUCGUGUCCUGAGCUGGCACAGCCUGAGCCUGCUUGGUCUUCCCAGGGGUGCAGAAAAGGAGCUGCAGGUUGGCAGGAAUUGGAGCCCAGAGCCCAAAUCCCCCUUCUCCAUCUCCUGGGGAGUGUUCUGGAUCUUGGGAUCUCCUGAGUUGGAUUUUUUUAAAGUAGUGCUAAUGAAAAUGCUGGGAAUAUCUGUGGCUCUCCAGCAUUUUUUGUCAUUUUGUGGGUUCUCCCUCCCAUCCACUGCUUUGUGGAGUCACUGGCGCUCUGCUCACAGGGGGUUUUGACAAAAGGAAAACUGUUGCUUUGUCUUCCAGACGUUUUUCUGGCUUUUUCUUUUUUUUUUUUUUUUUUUUUUUGCCAGUUCUGUUGGAAAACGGAGUUUUGGCUGUGCCCUCAGGAAAGGCUGUUUUCUUCCAUCUCUCCAGCUGAUAGCUAGUAAUAAUGUAAGUAAAUAAUGUGUCAAGUGAGGUCUGCUACAAGGCAGCAAUAAAACUUCCAGGCAGAGCAAUUUAAUUUAAAACCCUCUCAAUCCACACAUGCACACGCCUUUCCUGCCCCAGCCCAUUGCCAGGUCUAUGUUAAGAUUUUAAAUAACAAAACUACAUUGUAUCUUGGAGACUAAGGAGAGAAUAAGUGGAUUUGUUUCUCUCCCUUAGACAUGAUGACAAAAAAAAAAAAAUAAAAAAAUAGAAGGCCAUUUUCCCAAGGUUCUCAAAUGUUUUAUUUUUUUCCCAUGACGUAUCUCCAGUCAGAAAUGAGGUGAGCAUGAAAUGGGAGCUCCCAGGAGCAGGCAGGUGGGGGAAU